AUGUUCUGCCUAUUAGGAUUAGAUAUUAAGUUGUCUACUUACUGGUUUCAGGAUGUCGAGUCACGAGUGGUCGAGGGAUUUAUCAUUGGGUCAGGAGCAGUCUUCACUCGUUUGGUUGUAACUCCGUUUCUACUCAUCCAAAUUAGGCCGUUCCAGUUGCGUUGGAAAGUUAACUCAAUCCGAGAACGCAGGGAACUGGUCUUGAUGAAAUCCAUUGAGGAGAACGUUUUCUGGGCCCUCUUAAAGUUGAUGCGGGCGAUCCCACUUCGCCAAAUACCACCUCAAAGAGACCUCUUGGACGAGCAAGAGAUGUCAAGCCCUCAAGCACCACCACCUUCUUGGGAUAGUCCUCCAAAACUAUCUAUCUUGAAGACCAAGAAGAAACUUCUUCCUUACCUUGAAGCAGCCGACCUGGAGACGUCUAGCAAGCUGCAUCUUACAGAGAAGAGCACCUUCUAG